CUCUCCUCCUCCUCCUCCCGUUUUGCCAUCACUACGCUGGUAGGAUCCAUAAUGGUACAGGCAUCAUCCUGCAGCACAAUGGUGAGCGCGCAGUGAUUCAGCAUCGCAAACUCAGGCUUUAAUCCAGCGUUAGACUUUCUUUUCAUCUGUUUGAUACAGUGGUUUUUAAAAGAUUCGCCUGCCGGGAUGUUUUGAACAGGACUGGACUGUCACCGGACCGGGAUCAUCGGACGGGCAGCUGGCACGGAAUGGUAUUUAUGAACAGACGUUUCUUAUAUAACUGCAGUGCUCCAGUCCUGGAUGUGAAGAUUGCCUUUUGUCAGGGUUUUGGCAAACAAGUUGAUGUUUCUUACAUUGCCCAGCAUUACAACAUGAGCAAAAGCAAAGUGGACAACCAGUUCUACAGUGUGGAAGUAGGAGAUUCCACCUUCACGGUUCUCAAACGGUACCAAAAUCUAAAGCCCAUUGGUUCUGGGGCUCAGGGAAUAGUGUGUGCUGGAUAUGAUGCCGUCCUGGACAGAAAUGUGGCCAUUAAGAAACUCAGCAGACCCUUCCAGAACCAGACUCAUGCUAAGAGAGCGUAUCGAGAGCUGGUGCUUAUGAAGUGUGUCAACCACAAAAACAUCAUCAGCUUAUUAAACGUCUUCACACCACAGAAGUCUUUAGAGGAAUUCCAAGACGUUUACCUGGUCAUGGAGCUGAUGGAUGCAAACCUCUGCCAGGUCAUUCAGAUGGAGCUGGACCAUGAGAGAAUGUCCUACCUUCUCUACCAGAUGCUGUGUGGAAUCAAACACCUGCAUUCAGCUGGCAUUAUCCACAGGGAUUUGAAACCUAGCAAUAUUGUGGUGAAAUCCGACUGCACGCUGAAGAUUUUGGAUUUCGGCUUGGCAAGAACUGCUGGAACUAGUUUUAUGAUGACCCCCUAUGUGGUGACGCGGUACUACAGGGCCCCGGAGGUCAUUCUGGGCAUGGGCUACAAGGAGAACGUGGAUAUUUGGUCAGUUGGUUGCAUCAUGGGAGAAAUGGUGCGCCACAAAAUCCUAUUCCCCGGCAGGGACUACAUCGACCAAUGGAAUAAGGUUAUAGAGCAGCUGGGCACGCCCUCUCCUGAGUUUAUGAAGAAGCUGCAGCCGACGGUGCGCAACUAUGUGGAGAACAGGCCAAAAUACGCCGGUCUGACCUUUCCCAAACUCUUUCCUGACUGCCUGUUCCCUGCAGACUCUGAGCACAACAAACUCAAAGCGAGUCAGGCACGAGACUUGCUGUCAAAGAUGCUGAUCAUUGAUCCAGCGAAGCGAAUAUCAGUGGACGAGGCGCUUCAACACCCCUACAUCAACGUGUGGUACGACCCGGCUGAGGUGGAGGCGGCCAGGAAUCAGCAGAUAUCGAUGCCUCCUCCACAGAUCUAUGAUAAACAGCUAGAUGAGAGGGAACACUCUAUUGAUGAAUGGAAAGAGCUCAUCUAUAAAGAGGUGAUGAACUUCGAGGAGAGAACAAAGAAUGGUGUGGUGAAGGGACAGCCCUCUCCCUCAGGUACUCUCUGUGCAUAAGCUAUGCUUCUGUGCAGCCGUGAACAGCAGCGAGAGCCUCCCCCCGUCCUCCUCCGUUAACGACAUCUCCUCCAUGUCCACCGACCAGACCCUGGCCUCCGACACCGACAGCAGCCUGGAGACCUCGGCCGGCCCGCUGGGGUGCUGCAGGUGACUAACCGCCUGCCUGCGCAACCCCAUGUUCUUCAGAAGGUGAACGGCUGAAAACAAGUCCACACAAAACCUCCAGAUGAAAACAAUAUAUGCGUCAAAAAAAUAAUAAUGUUUGCAUUUUCAUUCAAAGAAAUGUCUGAAUAUGUAUAUUUAUGACUCUCCACUAGUUGCUUUGCAUCCCCUCAUAUCUCUGCUGAAAAAAAAGAACAAAAAUAAAUUAUAAUGGUUUUCUAGUGGGUAUAAUGGAAAUUAUAUUGGUUUUAAUGGAAAUUGUGGGUCCUUUUUUGUUUGCUUUCUAUUGGUGACAUGCUAAAAACCAAUAAAUCCUAAUGGGAUGUGUUCCAAAACACUAAAAACAUUUAAAAAUGUGGUUUUAAUGGUUACAAUUUGAUGGCUUGUAAUUGCUUUAAUGGUGUCUAUAGGCUACUGGAAACCAUUGAAAUUUUCUGUGAAGUUUUCCAUUUCUUUUCUUCAGCAGGGACGGCAUCCAAAACAGAUCAACUUUAAGAUGAAAAAAGGAAUAAUCUGUAAAAUGUACAUUGACUGGCUGAUAUCUAAUACCUUGCAGUUUUCUGUGCUUCACUCGAUGUGGCAGGGUGGGCUUUAAUUUUAACGAGCACUGUACAAUAUUCAAUCACCCCCUUGUCUUUUGCCAUGAUGUGCUGGUUUUGGGUGGCUGGUGUGUUCCUCGUAGGGUAGAAUAACAUGUACAAUGGCGCCCCCUAUCUUUUGUAUAUAUGUAAUUGUGUACAGCUGUGAGUGGGACUGACGGCCAGUAGAGGGAGUAUUUGCACACCUUGCCACAUCACACACCCGUUCCCCUUUUGCCUGUAGUCUUGCAUGGUCAGAGAAAAAAAAAAGUAAUUAAGCUAAUUAUAACAUAUAUGUUAUUCGUAUAUAUACGAAUAUAAAGAACCGUGUUUAUAUAACAUUUAAAGGUGACAGGAAGUAAGGCUGCUUUACAGGAAGCCAUUGGGGUGUACAAGCACUGUCGCUGUCAUUCUCUGACUUCUGCCUUCGUGUUUGUGAAACUCACCCUCUUUUCUGCAGCCUUGCAUGCUGUGAUUCACACUUGAAAGGUGUGUGACGAACGCAAGUCGAGAGCAUGCGCCUCAUUUUCACUUUUUUUGUUCCUCGUUUGCAUCCACGCAAACUAAAUCUCAUCUCAAAACUCAUGUUUUUGUGUUGGGAAUCGACAUGCUUACUACCUAAAUUUCCACAGCAGGAGUUUAUUUAUUAAUCCUCUUUAUUGUCGGAUUUGGGAAGUGCCUUUGAAAUAAUGCAGUUUCCUCUUAGAAAGCAUGAAUACAGUGAAUGUGACGGGUAUGGCAAGCUGUUUUUACAUUUAAACUAUUAACUGUACUGGAAAAAAAUUUCCCCGUUGUACACCAGUCCCUUUUUAGAUACUAGUAUCCAUUAAUUAGUUGUUAUUCUUCAGCUAAUAGAGCUUAUUAUUUUAUUAAAAAGAUACUUCUUCAAUAGAUGUUUGUUUUAAAGUCCUGGUGAAAUCGAAAUUUACAAUGUUGCUUUUGCUAGCGCACGUUGUUAUUCUUUAGGUGAAAAAAAAUGUUUUGUAAACUUCAAUCAAAGUCUGACCAUUUGCUUCAGCAUUUGAAGUGGCGCUCCUUGGCCUCGAUUUUAAUGAUCUAGGCGCAAAGUCUAAAGCGCAUGGUUCAAAAGCAUUAAGGACUUUUCCGAAUCCACUUUUGCCAUUUUAAAGACAGAAAACUGAAUGUUUUAUAGUGAGAAAACAGUUAAACAGACCAUUUGCAUUGUGACGAUAAAGAAUGAGCCUCCUCCAUUCGGCCUCUUUACUUCUUCUUUACUCCUUUUCUUACCUUUUAAGCACUGCACUGAAGACAUUCAUUAGCAUACAUAUUUAAUUUAAUUUGUUAAGCGCAAAGAUUUGUUUCAAAACUAUUUCUAAAUUCAGUUCUUAUUUCCAGCAAAUGAAUAAAUGAACAAUAACAUCGAAGUAGGGUCAAAGAAAAAUGAGUUAUAUCCAACCAGUUUCAGCUGGUCUAUUGCGCAGUCUAUUUUAAUUCCUCAAAAUAGCAACGCACCAACAAUGCGCCUCAACACACCUCCUUUCUAAACUGACACACUCAUGAGUCCACAAAGUGGCACAAAUGGAUUUGCUAUUUAACAACGUGGUGCAAAAUGUGAAAAUUACAGUUUCGUUGGUCUGAGAAUAGCAACACAUCACACCAAACACGUCUUGCGCCUUAUUGCACCCUUGUCUGAUAAUGUUAGUUUGAUGACUUCCACCACAAUAUUCUUAACCACGCCCCUCUUACUGUUAGUUUACUAUUAGGGAAUGAUGUGCAAAACAAAUCCCCAACCCCACUCAAUAUUCCGUUUAAAGUCAGAAGUACAUGAACAUACUGAAAUAAAAGUCUCAGCAACUUCCGGUUCAUGUGGACUCACUGGUUGUUAUUUAAUUGAUGCUAAUAGAGUGAAGGAACUAUGACAUCACUUUGUAGGCCAAUUGGCUGUUAGCAUUACACUGGUUUUCUUAAUAAAACCCCCUAUAGAACUUUCCCACAGGCUUUUUGAAGCAUAGUUCAUUAUACUUGCACGUGUUGUCCAUCAAGAUAACCUUUACAACAUAAUAUAAAAUUGAUGACUUUUGAAAUUAAAAAUCUAAGCGCAAGCACUAAAAAGCUAACCUUAGGCUUUAAACGAACUACACAAAGGUAACUAGCCUUCUACGUUACCACUAAAAUAUUUCCGAUAGCUUGUCAAGUUCAUUUUUGGAUGAAUAUUAAUCCACACUAUAUUUUAUAUAUGAAAUUGCCGAGUUUAGCAGCUUAGCAACUUAUUAGAAACAGUGUAAAGGAAACUAAAAGCUUUAAAAGUAAUGAGGAGGUGUAACUUGUGUUUAAUGUAGUAGAAUAAAACAUGAAAGUAUCUUGAGUUUGAGUUUACCACUGACCUUAUUUCAUUUAACCAAAAAGUCAGUUUAAUUCCAUCUCUUCAAAGUAAAUUUGUAAGUGCUAAUUUGCCCAAACGUGUCCAAGUUUUUGCAUACAAAUAGUUCCUUCACUCUAUAGGCACAUAUUACUUUUUAUUAGACACUUUUACAAAUUAUAUGUAUGCUAGUUCUUAUUUAUUACAUAGUAGUAUUAUUCACUACAUUGCAGUAAUUUAUUAAACACUAGUAAUUAUUUCUUAGGUUCUCUUGCCUAUAGGAUUCCUAGCAGCCUACAUAUAUUUUUACAUACUAAGCUGGGCUAUAUACAGUAUGCACAGCUAGGUCAUUUCAGCCAACAAUAAAAAUCCAGCGAAAGGUUAAUAGGAGUAUUUCAACUUCAUAAGCUUCCUUUUACGUCAUCAAUGUUGUAAAAUAAUUAAAUACAAUCAGUUAAAUAGACUUAAGCAUUCAUUUAGCUUAAAAUAAGAAUAAAGUCCAUGUAAAUGCUAGCGCCGUCAGUAGCAGCAGGCUAGUGCAGAAACUCUAUUGAAAAUACUGGGGUACAAUAAACUUUCAUAUUUCAAAGACAAGGCAGGGAAAAUGGAGUUUAAUGCAGUGCUUCUUGUACACUGAAACCCACGUUAUAUCAUAAAUUUAUCAGACAGUGAAGAUCAUUUAUUUUUAAAGAAAUCAGAUUUUGUAAUGGGAAGACCACAAUCAUAUGGGCUGGCUGACUGAAAAUUAAAAGUCUGUGUGCAUAUACCCCAUUCUCUAGCAUAAACACUAGUACCUAAAGAAUAAGCACUAGUAUUGAAUGAAUAAACACUAGUAAUUAAUGGAAAAGAUUCUGCUAGUAUAAAAACUACUGGCAUGAAAACCAAUUCUAGGAUGGUUUGUACUGUAGGUUAAAUGUUAAAGCAGCUUGCCAGAGGUGAUCCAGGUGGUGUCGGAUGUGUCAGGUCUGUUUAUCAAGUCCCAUAAUUUCCUCUUCAUAUAGAUUUCCUAUAGUGUAGAGAUCCAAGUGUCUGAUUUAAUGUCACUUUAUGUGUAAAGAGGCACCUGGGGUAAUAUUUCUACACUCAUCUGAUCUGAGUCUUACAGUGGCUUCAAAUAGUAUUUGGAUAUUUAUGUCACAAUUAAAAAGGUCAAGACAUUAAAUAAAAUUAAAAAAAACGACAAAACAACCACAAAGUGUCCAUAUACAUUUAUUUUAAGCUAUUUAUUUAGCAUCUUUAAACUGUUUCUCAAUUUGUUAUAUUGAUUCACAUACGUUUUUUAAAUGUGUCUAAAGUGUCCAAACACAUAUUGUGGUCACUGUUUGUUGCAAUGUAACCCCCCUUUACAUUUUGAAAAAGUCAAAUAAUGUAGUUUCAACUUUCAAACACACAUGGCUGAUGUUUUAGUACUAGGUAAAGUUUAGCCUCAUUGGAAAAAACCAUUAUGAAGUACACAGUAAUUUGAACAUAUAAUAUUUAAGUUGUACCGUUUUUGUUUUGUACCUGUAUUUGAUCCGUGUACUAAGCAUUUUAAUAAAGGGAAUGAAAUGCACAUUCA